AAGGCUGCAGGCCACAUCUCAACACCACUGCCACCUCCCUCAGGACUACCACUGCUGGCAAACUUUGCAAUGCUUCGACUGAUAGUCUUGCCCAGUUCAAGCUGUGCGGCUGAAUUGUCCGCGCCGCCCUCUAGGUGCGGAAUAUUCAACACGUACGGGAUGUCGCUCAGAUGCGCAACACGCCACAUUGGCACGCCCAUCUUCUGGAAGACUGGCAUUGCAUUAUGCUCAUACAAUCGCAUCUGUGAUGGCUCCGCCCCGCCAUUCUUAACGUACUGCCAUGCAAAGUCGAGCACCGGGCACGUGAACCAAAUGUCUCUGUUGAUCUGCGCAGCGGUAGUAUUGUGCAGAGAGAGGCCCGUCGUAAUCCGGCCGUACCAUGUGCUCGAAAUCCUCGAGCGGGUAUAG